UCAGAAAAGAUAGAUUCAGAUAUUUUUUCUUAACAUAAAGGGCAGAAAUAGGUGUUUGCCACGUCAAUAAGCGAUCGAUUCCAUCCGCCAAGCUGUUUAAUUUACCGCAAGUCUACAACAGGACGACGGAAGACAGUCGUCACAGCAGCAGCAGUAGCAGCAGAAUGACCGUACACGAAUUCAAGGUGGAAAUGACCUGCGGCGGGUGUGCCAGUGCCGUGGAGCGCGUUCUGGGCAAAUUGGGCGAUAAGGUCGAAAAAGUCAACAUUAACUUGGAGGAGAGAACGGUUACUGUCACGUCGAAUCUAUCGUCCGAUGAACUGUUGGAACAGCUGCGCAAGACCGGCAAAAGCAGUUCGUACAUCGGUGUGAAGAAAUGA